GGCGUCUAAAGCUAGCGAAAUGAGGGAUGCUCAACUACCGGACCUACCGAUAGAUGGCUCUACCAGCUGAUUACUGUCGUCUGUAUUGCCCGCCAUAUUCGAAUUUGCCAAGAAGUUUCUCUCGGUCUGUACGGUGUAUAAGGAAUUAAGGAUUAUCGAAAUGGUGAUUUCUUGUUCCGCUUUCAAUUGUACGAAACGAUGGAGUAAGGAAAGUGACUUACCAUUUCACAGGUUUCCUCUGAAGCACGCAGAGCCGCUAAAGAAGUGGAUUACUUCCAUGAAGUGGAAAGAUUUUAAUCCUACGUCUUGCAGUUUUCUUUGCGGAAACCUUUUCCGGCAAGAUGAUUACGUAGUGAGCCCUGGAACAUGGAAGAAACGUUUCAGACCCGAAGCAGUGCCAUCAGUUUUUGACUUUCCGGCACAUUUGAUGCCACCAAAUAAACAGCCACGACGACAUGUUGUUAGGAUUUUGAGUGACAACGAUGCUUCUCCAUUUGAGAGUGCAGUUGGUUCUUAAGUAAUUGAUUGUGGUAUACAGUCGAAAGUAGAAAUGGAAGACAAGGCGACCGAAACUUGCAAUUUUUUCUCAGACAGUGUGCACGAAUUAAAACGUAAACUGAAGUGCG